GUAUCACUCUACAAUUUUCAAAACAUCUUGAACCCAUCAUCCAUCAUGAGCGGACGCGGCAAAGGAGGCAAGGGACUCGGGAAAGGAGGCGCCAAGCGUCACCGCAAAGUUCUCCGCGACAACAUCCAGGGAAUCACCAAACCCGCCAUCCGCCGUCUGGCUCGCCGCGGCGGCGUGAAGCGUAUCUCCGGCCUGAUCUACGAGGAGACCCGCGGCGUGCUCAAGGUUUUCCUGGAGAACGUGAUCCGCGACGCCGUCACCUACACCGAGCACGCCAAGAGGAAGACGGUGACCGCCAUGGACGUGGUGUACGCGCUCAAGAGGCAGGGCCGCACCCUGUACGGCUUCGGAGGCUAAACCACCAGCACCUGAACGCACCACCAGCACCUGAACGCACCAACACAACGGCUCUUUUAAGAGCCACUCACUUCUUCUGACGAGACACGGUCCUCAUUACACCACUGAUCAUAUCCACUGUUACAGUACUUUUAUUAUAAAUACAUAGUAAGAAACAAUAGUCCGAUAAGAAAUGAUAUUCAACUAUUAUAGUAUUAAUAUUCCAUGUUAUGUUUUACUCUAAUGAAACAAUUUCUCGGCAACAAAUCAGUUGCUCAUGUUGCCAGACUUUGAAGCAACUUUGACAAAGACAUUUCCCAUGGAGACGAUGACCUUAAUUAUGAAUUAUUGUUAUUAUUAUCAAGCAAACAAGACUUCUCCAUCCAUUAUGGUAUUAUAACUCCUGGGAAUGUUUUAAAUGUAAAAAAUAUUCAAUGAGACAAAAUAAAAAUAUUCAUCAAGAAAAUGUUGUUAAUAAACAAACAGAAGAAACAGUCUUGAAUAUUACAGUGACAGUUAUAGGUCGUAAUAAGUAAACUGUAGGUUUUAAAGUUUGUUAACAAAACUGUUGAUAUAUUUAAAUCUUUUGUUUGUAAUUUUGUUUUUAUAAAUAGUUGUAUGUCAGUGUAAUGUGGUUUUAGUAAAUAUGUUGAGUAUGAAUUAUGGGGCAGCCACUGUGUAGUUUGUAUAUUCAACUAUGUACAAUUACGAUAUCCAGUUUUUAUCUGUGAGCAUGGAUUUUAAUAAACUUUUUGACUAUUUCAGGGGAUUUACAAUAAGAUAUAAAAAAUAUGUUUGAUAAUUACACUAAAUUUUUUUAAUAAGUCAA